UAGGAAAAAGAAAAAGAGAUCCACGUGAGUGAGGUUGGCACCACAAAUUCCGAAUUUCUUUUUUUUUUUGUUGUUGGGGGCAGUCGAAGUGUGGGAAUCAUCUCAAGUCUCAACAAUGUCCGUUGCCAAGCUUCCCCGCUGAGAAGCUCGUUCCGUCGACCAAUUUUGUUCCCCUCACCCUCGUCGUCUCUAAUGGCUGCCCUCGCUUCUCCCUCCCUCAUCCCCUCCUCUCUCUGCUUCGCCGUUUCCGCCGAUGGUCCACGUUCCCUUUCUUGUAAUAAUUUCUCGGCCUUUCCGGACGGCGGUACAAGUCUCAGGUAUCACAAGAGCUUCUUAUCCGUUUCUUCGCCUAAUCGAAAUCGACGGGGAUUCUCUCGCCCUUCUCUCGUCGUGUUUGCUGCUUCCGGAGACUACUACGCCACUCUUGGUGUGCCUAAAUCUGCUGAUAACAAGGAGAUUAAAGCUGCGUAUCGACGGCUCGCUCGUCAGUAUCAUCCCGAUGUGAACAAGGAACCUGGAGCAACCGAAAAGUUCAAGGAAAUCAGUGCUGCCUAUGAGGUGCUAUCAGAUGAGCAAAAGAGAGCAUUGUAUGAUCAAUAUGGUGAAGCCGGAGUCAAGAGUACAGUAGGAGGAGCUUCUGGUACUUACACGACAAACCCCUUUGACCUUUUCGAAACAUUCUUUGGUGCGAGUAUGGGUGGAUUUCCCGGGAUGGACCAAGCUGAUUUUGGGAGACCCCGCCGCAGUAGGGUUACCAAAGGUGAAGAUUUACGGUAUGACAUCACUUUGGAACUGUCGGAGGCUAUUUUUGGAUCUGAGAAAGAAUUUGAUCUUACACAUUUGGAGACAUGUGAAGCUUGUGCUGGCACCGGGGCAAAAGCAGGAUCUAAGAUGAGGAUAUGCUCCACUUGUGGUGGGAGAGGUCAAGUUAUGAGAACUGAGCAAACACCAUUUGGCAUGUUUUCACAGGUUUCUAUAUGUCCGAACUGUGGUGGAGAUGGUGAGGUGAUUUCUGAAAAUUGCCGGAAAUGUUCCGGGGAAGGACGUGUGCGUAUUAAAAAAAGCAUCAAAGUCAAAAUUCCCCCGGGAGUCAGUGCAGGUAGCAUCCUUAGAGUUGCCGGAGAAGGUGAUUCUGGUCCCAGAGGAGGCCCUCCAGGAGAUUUGUAUGUAUAUCUUGAUGUUGAAGAUGUCCGUGGAAUCCAAAGAGAUGGCAUAAACCUUAUAUCUACACUUUCGAUCAGUUACCUUGAUGCUAUAUUGGGUGCGGUUGUUAAGGUGAAAACAGUUGAAGGAGACACUGAACUGCAGAUACCUCCGGGUACACAACCUGGUGAUGUGCUGGUCCUGGCAAAGAAAGGAGUACCGAAACUGAAUAGACCGUCUAUCCGUGGUGACCACUUGUUUACAGUGAAAGUAUCUAUACCAAAUCAAAUAAGUGCUGGAGAAAGGGAGUUACUGGAGGAACUUGCAUCUCUGAAGGACACAUCCAGCAACCGGUCACGGACUCGUGCUAAGCCUCAGCAACCCAGUACUCUGAGCACUGCACCCAGUAGCUCAGAUAACAGGACAGAUGAAGUUAAGGAGGAAAAUAAAGAAGCAGAGCAAGAGAAGGACUUGUGGAAGAACAUCAAAGAUUUUGCAGGGUCUGUGGCAAAUGGAGCUCUGAAAUGGCUGAGAGAUAACCUCUAGAGAUAGAUUCAUCUUCAACUAAAUAGGACGGACCUGGUUGGAAGCUUUAGUCAGUUGCAUUCAUGGUACCAAUGUGGUAAUGUUCAUUGUUUCAUUUGUUAAGCUGAGGGUCUUUUGCGAAGAGAAUACAAUAUAUUAUAUGUUUUUGUUUUUGCCAUUUUGUGUGAUGCACAGAACAGAUUAUGAGAAGAGAGGGCGGUUCUGCUCUACCUCUACCCCUACUCCUUUUUUUUAAUAUAGUAGUACAGAUACAACCGGUUUUCCGAGUUGGUUUUGGUUAAAGUUUUUUAGAGAAGAUGAGCUUACCUUACUAAUAAUAUAUAUAUAUAAACCGUUGGUGAUCAAAAA